AUGACCGAAUCUCACUUCCCGUAUGCCUGGCAUGUCGAUGACUUCCAAGCGAUACCCAUGGAACAAGACCAGUUUGAUCAGCCUUGCAUCGACUUUUCUCUCACCGAAGAAAAGUUGGAUCCCAGCUGGGCCGAGUUCAACCUGAUCACUCCAUACCAGGCCAAGACGAGUACAUUCCAACCAUACCCGCAGUUAUGGUAUGAGGCUGGUCUUGUGAGACAGGACUGUGAAAUGAAUCAAGAUUCUAGUUUCCAAUUUCCCUCUGAAAACACCCCGAAAGAUCUUUGCACAAACCAGUUAGCAACACAAAGAGCCCUUUUCAUGACACCUUCGCCUCAGCUAGCCUUUCCCUUCCCAAGCUCCCCAACAUCAGACACGCGCAGUUCCCCAGAACCAAGUCAUGCCUCUACAAGCGGGUGGGAAGGCGAAAUCGAAGAAACGCAAUACACGCAGUUUGACUUCGUACCGAGGCUGGAUACUCAAUUGCACAAUUCAACCCAGAUCACAUCUCCGCAUAGAUUUUCAGCUAUGGCGGAAGUCGAGGAUUGUUUCACACCCCUUGAGAUGCCCGAUGGGAGUACCCGUCUCACAUCAAAUUGGUUACCUGUUGAUCCCGACGCGGGAUUUACUGUUGGCUCUCCGACAAUACCCGACGAAGUCCAAUUUGAAGAUUUGAAGCAUGCUUUCUUUCAUUCGGAGUCAGCAGAUUGGUCAUAUCAUCGGUGA